GUCACUCUUGACACCAUUCGAUUAGCAUCCGCCUUUUAAGGAAUAGCUGAUCUUCAUACAAUUUUCCCCUAUGUAUACACUAUACAGUAGAAAUGUACAUGAUACUAUAGCAAGAAAAACAAAAGUUUUGAUCCGUUUGACCAUUUCAUAUUUGAAGAUGUGCUUGUGAUCCCAGUAUACUUAAUUUUGAUAACCUUGGUUAGUGGAUCUUGUCCCUUAUGCAUGAAACAUUCCAGAUCAAAGUCACACGGUCCCAACUUGUAGUUUGCAGAAUCAAUCAGUUUUAUUAUCCAGAUUCUCCAGCACCACCACCACAUGGCUAUGCAGUCUGGCACUACAAUUAAUUAUAUUUCUGGUUUCAUACAACAAAGUCCAAAUUAGUGCUCAAGUUUUAACAUCGUCGACAUGUAUAUCAUUUAAGCAUUUCAGGCAAAGUAAUAACAAAAACAUUUGCUCUGCAGGAUUAACAAUAAUCUGAGCAAGACCUAAUCCAAACUUGCCAGUGUGCAAAGUCUUUGUUCCUUUUCGUAUAAUAAUUCUCAAUGCACAAAGAACAAUCAAUGCUUUGUAUGCUUAUUUCAGACUUCACCAAAAAUAAAUAUGGGGAUGUUCGAGAAUCAGUUAGUAUGUUCAAGAGGUAAUAAGAUUGUACAAAACAUUGAAAAAAUAGGGUGGCUACGGGCACACAACAAAUGCUUGUUUAUGUAAUGGUUAGAUAUAAAAUGGUGGGUGGCUGAAAGCCUCAAACUGAAAAAACAGGGAUAACACGCUGAACCACUAACAUGGAUCUUGUUUCCAUGGCCUAAACAUGCCAGCUCUGAUCAUCGAAGCUUUAACUUGUGAUUCGCAAGGGUGCCCACCAAAGAAAACACCUGAUUAAAUACAGGCAUUCCACGGCAAAAUGCUAGGUUAGCAAUCCAUUAAACAAUGGCUUUGGUAAGCAAUUAUGCCAAGAUCCACCAUCAGACUAAACUGGACUGCUGGUUCUUGUUGCCAAUUGCUGGAACAUAAUAAUGUGAUGGCCCAUCUUAGGAAGAGUAGACACAUAAAACAAUGUACUAAACAUGAGACGACUUUAGGGUUCCAAUCUCUAUGCUUGUGCUUAAAAAAUCUCAAGGCAUAGCAGACAGCAUCUGGGAGAUGUAAUUGCAUGAUUCUUCGUGUCUACGAAUCAAAUGCUACUGCUUCUACAUGUCUGUAUAAAUAGGCCUCAUCACAGCAGUACACACAUCAAACAAAGAAGUGUUCCUUUCUUCAACUCUUCAUCAACCACAAUAUAUACAGAGAAAAGCUUCAAGCUCAGAUAUGGCUUUCCACCAAAGAUCGAUAAGUUUGCCUUCUAGGCCUCGCGUCAGUGAGACCCAAGUCGAGCAAGAGCUCCACAGCCUAGAAGCAAGCAUCUCUUCCUCCAAUUCCAUCAGCACGAUGUGCGAUGGUCUCAGGAGUCUGGCAAGCAUCUACGAUGGUCUUGAAGAGAUUGUUUGUCUACCAAGCCACCAAGUUUGCUCCUCCCAGCAGAGGAACAUGUUGGAUGGAGAAAUGGAGGGUUCUCUCGAGCUGCUAGAUCUCUGCAGCGCCAUGAAAGAGAUCUUCGCCGAGAUGAAGGCCAUCAUCCAAGAGCUGCAAGUGGCUCUAAGGAAAGGGGAUGAGGCAUCUACUCAAGCGAAGAUCCAAUCUUACACCCGCUUGGCGAAGAAGGCCAAGAAUCAUUUGAAGAAGACCGCGAAGAAGACUUCUGCAGAUUGCAGGAUGGUCAUGCUAUUGGCCAAGGCCAGAGAGAUCUCCGUCUCUCUGCUGGAGUCCACACUCCAUCUCUUGUCGAAGCAAAUUGAAAUGCCUAAACAGUCUCUUGUUUCCAAGGCAUUUCACAAAAAGAAGUCAGUUGUUUGCAAGGAGGAGCAAUUGUUGGGGUUAGAGUGCAGUAUCGGAGAUCUUGAGAGUGGAGCAGCACACCUGUUUAGGAAAUUAGUCCAGAGCAGAGUUUCUCUACUCAACAUCCUUAGCUCAUAG